UCCCAGUACUGUAGUUUUCUGCAGGUCGCACGGAGAGGGCCAGACUUACGGACUAUCUCCGCUCAGUUUUUUUCCCCCCUCGUGAGGCGGGUUUAGCGUUGCCGCUUCGUUUUACAACGCUUACCUACGUCAGUUCGUAGUUAGCCGCUCGCACGCGAUAAUUCCGUGUAAAUUAUUUUUGUGAGUUAUUAUUUUAUAAAAUUCAGCUUGAAGUGUUUUUUUUUUGGAUACGAAUGACUUUUUGAAUCGCUUUUUUUUUCUUUGAAACGGAUUUACUUGAAAAAAGUGGAUUUACUUAACAAAACAUUAGAUUUAUUGCAAUAGAAAAUUGGAUAUAUUGAACAUAAAUAUUGGAUAUACUUUACAUAAUUAAAAAAAAUUUCUCAAGAUUUUAAAAAGUUAUCUUUUUACAGAUACAAUAAAGCCUGGUGUUUUAUAAAGUCAAUUCAACCAAUUAGCACUCAGUUGAUCAAAACCUACACGCCAACGCUCGUGUUACGGCCGACUACACACCUAGCAUCAACAAACUGAACGUGUUCACACAUGUAACGCCGUGUGUGUAGGUACACAUGCCAGAAAGGGAAAAAAAUAAAAACCAUGGCGAAUUUACCUGUGGUGUUGAUAAUAAUUUCACAUGUGUCUUGAAGACCGUGGCUACAACCACUUAACCAUGUUUCUCUACAAGAAUUAAGGAUACACGAUACAUUCAUUCAACUCUUCUGGAACAUUCGACAAGAUUUAACAGUAAACAGUGAUACAAUGUUGGAACACGGAGGGUCCAGGUCCUGUCUAUAUGGGAUUGGAACCUGCACCAUCCUGCUGGUGAUGAUGAUGGUAGUGGUGACCUCAGGGAUGAUGAGUGGUGACCAUGUCUACCCCUACAUCACCGUGGCGAAAUGCCGGAUCACCUGUGUCAAAAAGUUCCUGCCGUUAGAAAAACAAGCAGACGACAGUGCAUGCCGAGACACAAAAACUUACAGAAGCUACAACAUGGACUGCAGUCUGUGCUGGGACGCGUGCUUUAACCUGAUGUCCAGCGCCAGCCUAGUCAACUCGACAUGCGACAACAGCCAGCACAAGGGUGUCAAAGUUGCCUGUGAUUUCGUACAGAGAAAACCAAAAGGCCCCAGCCUCCACGGGACUUGGAAGUUCCCUGAGAACGUCUCCGUCGUCUUGACCCAGGCUAUGUUGACCAUGUCAUGGAAACCGCCCGUCCUGGUGUCCGGUCCGAACGAGACUGGGUCAUCCGAUGACGUAACCAGGCCCCGCCCACUUGUUUACGUUCUGCUGAGCCGGAACAAGAACGAGAAGGAUGUCCAGUACGCCACGUUUGAGCAGUUGGUGUCCACCAAGCUAAUCAGCAGCAGUGACAACGUACCCCUCACGCCUGAGUUUAUCCUGGAGGCGGUCAGCGAGGGCGGGGUCAUUGCCAGGGUCGAGGUCACCCCGGAACCCUUGUUUGUGGCUGAGUUCGUCAUGUCACCUAGCGAGGACUACGAGAACCUUCUCGCCUCAGACAGCGCCACCUGGUAUGUCGAGAAAGAGAACGGCAUCAACGCGUCCAUGAAGCUGGACACGGAAGUGGUCACGGCCGAGGACGGCUCCUACGUGGGCAUGACCGGACUGGUCACCUUUCGGGGGCCGGAGUGGCUGAACGGACACGACACCCAUGCCUACGUCAUGUACUGGUUCAUGUUCGACUGUGACAACGCCUACGACUACGUGCCGCGGUGCAACGUGGCUAGGUUCUACAGGGGCAGCACCGUCUACGGAAAAACUGCAGACACGAUUACCUACCUGAUCAAAAACCUGUACUUUAACGCCGUCUACAAGCUCAUCAUCGUGUACCAUAACGACAGCCGCAUCAUCAGCGAGCUGGCCUUCAAGACGGAGCCGUGCGAGAAGCCGGACGUGAUGCGCUGGACGAGGUGUAUGGACAGCAUCAAGGAGGACGAGAGGCCGAAUGUCCUCAUCAAAGGACCCGGUCCUGUCGACACGGAAGACGAACGGCUGUACCUUAACAUCACCUCGAUGACCAUCGACGAGAGCAACGACCACGUCCGGGUCAACGUCACGUGGGUGCCCAUCAACCAAUCGGGCACGACCUACAACGUGACGACCCUGGUCCAGGGGGAGACGACCCUGGUGGUCGAGCGAGUCGUGACCCCCCAGCCCUACAUCGUCCUGAGCCUCCAGCAGGACACACAUUAUCUUGUCAAGGUGGAAGCGGUUCUCAAACCUCAGCCUGGGGUAGUCCCAGAACCAAGCCACCUGGCUGGAACCCUGAAGUUUAACACGUCCGAUGUCAACUUGGCCAUCUAUCAGGAGCCGGUGGCCUUCCGGCUGCAGAACGUGGAUGACAUCCGGCAGGUCAACGGGAUUAUAAUCGCCGUCUCGUGCGUCAUCGCCGUCUUCGUGCUGGUCAUCCUGGCAGCCAUCUUGUACAAAAAGCGGAAGAGCCUGACCGACAUCAUCGUUACCAAGGCGACGGUCGCCAAAAGUAACAGCUACAAAUCCAACGUGGGAGGUAAAUCCGACUACUCCAACCAGCUGAUUGUGUUCUCCGAUGAGUGGGAGCUAGACCCACUCAAGCUCAAGUUCAGCACACUGCUGGGUCAGGGCGCCUUUGGUAAAGUGGUCACGGGCUACUUCGAGGAUCAGAAAGUAGCCAUCAAGCUGGUCAGAGAGGGCGCCCCGAUGUCCUACAAAGAGGACCUGGUCGCCGAGAUUCACCUGAUGAAGAGGAUCGGCAACCACCCCAACAUCGUCUGUCUCAUAGGCGCCUGCACCAUGUCGGAACCGAUCGCUUUGGUGAUGGAAUACGUCCCGUAUGGGAAUCUACAAAACUUUCUCAAAAAAUGUCGGUUGGACGGUGACCUAAUUAAACGAACUGACGGAACCUGCGAGAUCACGUACACGAUGAUCCAAGAUGGCGGCGACCUAGAAAAUGGCGUCGUCACCCCAGCGGAUAUGUUGUCGUUUGCUAGACAAGUCUCGAUGGCAAUGGAGUACCUGACCGAGAAGAAAUACGUCCACCGCGACCUCGCGGCCAGAAAUGUGCUGCUGGACUACAACAAGGUGGUCAAGGUCUGCGACUUCGGCCUGUCCAGGGACAUCUUCAACGACAACCACUACAAGAAGCUGACCAACGGCAAGCUGCCCCUCAAGUGGAUGGCCAUUGAGUCGCUGCGGGAUCGAAUCUUCACCACGCAAUCGGAUGUCUGGUCGUUCGGGAUCUUGUUGUGGGAGAUCGUUACCAUGGGCGCCUCACCCUACCCUAACGUGGCACUGGCUGACCUUUACUACGUCCUCUCCACGGGCUACAGAAUGGACAAGCCCUCCAACUGUUCGGAUGAGCUGUACGCCAUCAUGCGGUCGUGCUGGGAGGACGAGCCCCUGGAGCGGCCCAACUUCACCCAGCUCCGCUUCAUGCUGGAGGAGCUCCUGACCGAGGACCGGAACUACCUGGUCCUGGAGGACAUCGACGUGCCCCUCACCAACAGCGACAACAGCAGCUCACCCACGCCCCCGCCCGGCUCCGACACCGAUCUCUCCUCCGUGAUAACAGACGGGGCGUCGGCCGGACCCCGGUUCAGCCCGCCCGACUCGCCGCCCCCCGCCGCCAACCCAUCGCACCCGGUGAAGCUGAUGAAGAAGGCGUCGCCUCGUAGAGACAAUAUGCGCAUCAACGUGUGCAUUCACCAGAAGUCCACGGACCGCUUGAUCCGUCCUAGUGAGAGCGAUUCCAGUCCGUCUUCGUGUUGAUCUGCGGUCAGCUCCAGGGGGGGUCAACUCUGGCCGCUCCUGGGGGUCAGCUCUGGCCGUUCCUGGGGGGUCAGGUGGGUCCACUAGAAACACGUCAGUGCGGGAACAUAAACACGUACUUUACUUGCAAAUAGAGAAAACAAACGAUAUACGAUUCUCCCGUCUUCGAUUUUGUGAUACCUAGUGAACUGAGUCUUCGAGAUGUGGCACAUUUCUCGAGUAGGGAGGAGACGCUCAAAGUGUACUAGUCUCGGGGCAAUCAGAACUACCAAUAGAGUCAGGAUUUGACAAAAGAGUCCAGUUUUGGCACCAAAAUAUUGUUUUAGUAAUAUUAGGUUCCGAAAAACAGGUUUUAGUAAGUCAAGUUUAUACAAAAAAAGGUCUGUUUUUUUGUGUAAGAGUGCCCAGUUUCAACAACUGUGUCCAGCUUUAGCAGUACCGUCGGUAAGAUCCAGCAAGUGACCAGUAUUUUCUGUUAUCAUUCUUGUCACUGUGACCAGCCUUUAUGGAAGGAUACCCAUUCAUCAACAACUGAAACCGUUCACUCACCAACAAGUCAACUGUAUCACAGCAAGCCUCUCUUCUUCUGAAAUCAAAUUCUGGAACUGUGUGGUUCGUGGUGCCACAUUCAUACACAACCGGUGUGGUGACAGAUUGUGUGGGGGAUCACACCCUGUCGCUUAUGUCGGAGUGGAGGCUAAAUGGAUGUUGGUAAACAAACCACAGCGUAUGUGGAGCAUGCCACACCAUACGUGACACAGCAGAACGUGACGAGAAGAAAGCCUUGUACGACCACAGUAAAUGGUGACACGUCCAGAACAAAUGGUGACACGUCCAGAACAAAUGGUGACACGUCCAGAACAAAUGGUGACACGUCCAGAACAAAUGGUGACACGUCCAGAGCAAAUGGUGACACGUCCCACGUCCAGAACAAAUGGUGACACGUCCAGAACAAAUGGUGACACGUCCAGAACAAAUGGUGACACGUCCAGAACAAAUGGUGACACGUCCAUAACAAAUGGUGACACGUCCAGAGCAAAUGGUGACACGUCCAGAGCAAAUGGUGACACGUCCAGAGCAAAUGGUGACACGUCCAUAACAAAUGGUGACACGUCCAUAACAAAUGGUGACACGUCCAGAACAAAUGGUGACACGUCCAGAACAAAUGGUGACACGCUAAAAAAUGGUGACACACCUAGAACAAUUUGCUGCCAUUCGUGUGUGCUGGGAUGCUUAGUAGUGACCAUUGCAAGAUGGGGGUUUUGCAAUGUGAACUGCUAGCAAGCGUUCUUGUGACGGUGUAAGGGAUACAACUCAUGAAUAAUUUCUGUACCCUGGCGGUAAAUUACUUCCCUUGGAUGUGUACUCUGCGCCUGUUUUCAGUUAACCGGUUAAUAAACUUGAUCUUGUUGUACAGCGGAUAUUAACAAACAGGACUUCACUUACCUGUUGUU